AUUCAAAAGCAAACGCCAGAAGAAAAACAAACACACAUCCUGCCCUCAUCUUCAAGGCCAAAACACAACGCAGCAGCAUCCGAAAAGCCAUGGCCGAAAUCGUCUCCGCCGAGGUCGCCCACAACUUGGCCUACGGCAACCUGCUCCGGGUGUUCAGCAACCGCGACGAGGCGUCGCGCCUCCGCGCCGUCCAAGAGACGUACCACGCCGACGUGACCUUCUACGAGCCCGACUCGGUCGCCACGGGCCACGACGGCGUCAACAGCAAGGCCGAAGGACUGCUCCGGGAGAGAGCAGGCUGGGGCUUCGUCCCCGUGGGCAAUGUGCAGAGGAACCACAACAUGCUCUAUCUGGCGUGGGGGUUCGGCCCGCAGGACGAGGCCACGGGGGAGGUGGACGUCAAGGUCAAGGGCGCAGACGUCCUGCUGGUGGACCACGGCAAGGUCCGCACCUUUUGGGUCAUCAUAGAGGGUGUAACCGAUUCCAAAGCCUGAAUGUGUCGAACGCAGUGUGUCUGUCCCCAGAACCGGUACAUAUUGUCGUGUCAACGAAAGGAAGAGAAACGUAAAGGAAAGGCACCCUUCUUGUGAAUGUAGGAACUUUUCUCAUUUUUUGGGGAUUGUUAUGGCUUGGUCUAUCUGCUGCG